AUGGACCUCCUGAGGCGGGCUUCCAGAACCGCCCCAUCGACAGCCCCGCUGCCGCUGCCGGCCCAUGACGAGAAGCGAGGCUCAUCGAGGCGAAAAGGCUUCGCGUCCAGGCUAGCCUUUUUCCGCAGGCCUUUGCGGCUGCGCGGCAACUCCACCGUCUCCGUGCCGCUCGGCGUCGUCAUCGUAUUUCCCCUGCUCGUCGUCAUCCUCAUCUUGGUGCUCUUUGUCAGGCACCCAAGCUCGCCGAGCAGGAUAUUGAUGCCCGCUGGCGCUCCCCCCGCCAUUCGCAAGAUAAGCGAGAAGCACGACAAGGUCUUCGUCACAGGCUGCCUCGAGCCCGACACCAGCAAGCCUCGCGCCAAUGCCGCCUUUGUCGUCCUCGCCAGAAAUAAAGAGCUCGACGGCGUCAUCCAGUCAAUCAAGUCGGUCGAACGUCACUUCAACCGCUGGUACCACUACCCCUACGUCUUUCUCAACGAUGGCGAGUUCGACGACCACUUCAAGGAUACUAUCCGCAACUAUACCUCUGCCAACGUCGAGUUUGGCAAGGUUGGGCCGGAAAUGUGGGGGUAUCCGGAUUGGAUCGACCCCAAGGUCGCAAAGGAGGGUGUCGCCAAACAGGGAGACGCAGCCGUCAUGUACGGAGGGUUGGAAAGCUACCACGCCAUGUGUCGCUUUUACUCGGGUUUCUUCUACAACCACGAACUUUUGCUCAAGUACGAGUGGUACUGGCGAGUCGAGCCGGAAAUCACCUACUUUUGCGACAUCACCUACGAUCCGUUCCUCAAAAUGAUCGAAGCAAACAAGACGUACGGCUUCACCAUUGCUGUCAAGGAGCUCCGCGAGACGGUGCCCAACAUCUUCCGCUACGCCUCGGCCUACAAGCGCCUCAACAACCUGACGUCCCAGGGUCUCUGGGAGAUGUUUGUUGAGCCUCAGGAAACUGUCGAGGAGAAGCGCAAGGAUGCCAAUAUCCCCGAGGAGCUUCUCCAGAAUGACCCUAGCCGGAACGCCCUUCCCGACAUCGAUCCAGAGGCCAUGGAGGGUGAAAAGUACAACAUGUGCCAUUUCUGGUCCAACUUUGAAAUCGCACGCCUCAGCUGGUUCCGCAGCAAGGAGUACAACGACUUUUUCCAGAUGAUGGACCGCAGCGGAGGAUUUUGGAUGGAACGGUGGGGCGAUGCGCCUAUCCACUCGCUCGCCGCCGGCACUCUUCUGGCUCCCCGCGACAUCCACUACUUCCGAGACUUUGGCUAUAGGCAUACCACCAUCCAGCACUGCCCCGCGAAUGCGCCGGCUCGCCAGUUGCCGCGUCAGCCAUACCUGGAGACGACAACGGUCGACGAGAAGAAGCGAGUCGAAGAGGACCAGUACUGGGAGAACUGGGACGAAGUCAAGGAGAACGGCGUCGGCUGCCGCUGCAGAUGCGACACGGACAUUGUCGACGUUGAAGGCAAAGAAGGGUCCUGCCUGGCCGAAUGGGUGGACGUUGCCGGCGGCUGGGCGAGUCCUUGA